CUUAAUUUUCGGGCACUCCCUAUUAACAAUAAAUGGUCAAAAUCAUCCUUAACCAGGAAACAAGGCCCAUGCAUUAACAGAAGAAAACACCCUCUUCAUAUCUCUCUCUAACUUGGUGGGAUUCUCAUUUCUGUAGAAGAAAAGAGAACAGGCAUUAUCAGCAGAUUUCUGUUAAUAUAUACCUUGCCUUCUUCUUUAUACGUAGCUGAUCAGGGACUUGCUUGUUUUUUCAUAUUUUAUGAAAAUUAAAAAUGGGCCGUGUCAAACUCCAGAUAAAGAGAAUAGAGAACAAUACAAACCGGCAGGUUACAUUCUCCAAACGUAGAAAUGGACUCAUUAAGAAAGCUUAUGAGCUUGCAAUUCUUUGCGACAUUGAUAUUGCUCUCAUUAUGUUCUCUCCAUCUGGUCGUCUCAGUCAUUUUUCUGGCAAGAGGAGACUCGAAGAUGUGAUUGCACGUUACAUAAAUAUGUCAGAACAUGAUCGAGAUUUUAGCUGCGGCAUUCAAAAUCGAGAGUAUCUGCUCAAUAUCCUGAGGAAGCUCAAGACUGAGAAUGAUAUGGCUCUUCAAGCUGCAAAUCCUGAUCAUGCUAUGAAUUUAAAUAUGGAGGAAAUCCAGCUAGAAGCUCGUAAUCUGCAGCAUCAACUUUAUAUGGCCGAGGAGCAGUUAAGGUUAUACGAGCCUGAUCCUCUAAAAAUCACAUCAAUGAUGGAGCUUGAAUCAUGUGAGAAGACUCUUUUGGAUACCAUGGCACGUCUUGAAGAGAGAAAGAAAUGCAUCUUGAGUAACCCGACUGUGUCUACUUAUGACCCUUCGAGUAUGCAGAUGUUCUUAGAUACAAACGGGGGGAUGCCAGACUUCGAAAAUGAUAUUGUAAGUUGGUUGCCUGAAAAUGGAAACAACCCCAGCUCUGUCCGCGUAGGAUCUGAUCAAUCGUCUUGUGUUCCUGUGAGCAACCAAUCCUCCAUGACACUUUUUGAUGCAUUGUCUCAUGCGACUAAUAACGUAAAUGCAAAUCAUUGCAACAACAUGGAAGGAAGCAAUAUCAACAACUCAAACAGUGAGGUCUUCCCAUCUUGGUACCAAGCUUUCUCGACAUUGUCAUCAACUGAGCUCCUCUCUGCCUUCAUGCCUCCAACCUCAUUCUCUGCUCAAGAGAAUAUUGCAGGUCCAAGCUUUACAUCAAUGUUGCAACAGCCACAGGCAGAGACCACAUCAAACUGCCUGCAAAUGCCUUCUAGCACUGCUGAUCAAUGUUCAGAUUAUGAGAAUCAGAUAAAACAAUCUAAAGUAGAAUAAUGUUUCACUCCAAACACUUCUUCUGGUGGUUAUAUAGCAGCUUGCAAACCAGAAACUUCUUUUUCUUCCUGUUUCUUCAUGUAGGAAAGGAAUAGUACCGAUGAUUUAUGUAUAUUAUGAGAAAUGAAUUUGUACGAUAAAGAGGCUAGAAACAAGGAUUUUCUCCAAAUUACAGUCUUGUUACAGAUCGAGAUCAUUCGUAGAAAUCUGCUUGAAGUGAAUGAAGAGGGUCUGUGUGUUUCAA